UGGUGUCACUCUCCUAUGUUUCUUUCUUCUGUGUGUCCAUGGAAGAUCUCUGACAUGACAACCUUCGGUUUCUUGUCCAUGAGAAAACCAGAUGCUACUUCUGUUGCCUCUGCUUCUGCUCAAGGUUUCUGAUCUUUAACUAUGAAAAAGAAGGUAGAUUUGUCUCCUGUUGGAAUUCUUGAGGACUAUUUUAAGAGCUCAGAAUCUGAAACAUGUUCUUCGAAAGAACACAAUGUAGACUCUAAAGCAAAACAAAACUCAAAAUCCAAUUCUCGCUGGCAUUGGCAUGGAUUUGUCCAACUAUUGAGAAUUAGAUCCAAGCAGUCAUUAGCCACUUUGCAUCCUCUCAGUGUCAUGAAGCUUUCAAGAAGAAUGAGCAGUAGUAUGAGGGAGGCCACAGCUUUGGUGACAAAUUUUCGUGUAGAUAUUGAUUUGAACUACACCAAGUUAGCUUGGAAGAACUUUACCUUGCAUGAGCUACAGAGGGCAACCAACUACUUCAGCCAUGAGAAUAUGAUUGGAAAGGGUGGUUAUGCUGAAGUUUACAAGGGGUGUUUGGAAAAUGGGCAGCUAGUAGCAAUCAAACGUCUAACGAAAGGAACAACCGAUGAGAUUAUAGGGGACUUCUUAUCAGAGCUUGGAAUUAUGGCCCAUGUGAACCAUCCAAAUACUGCUAAGUUAAUUGGUUAUGGGGUUGAAGGAGGAAUGCACCUUGUUCUUGAACUAUCUCUACAUGGGAGCUUAGCUUCUAUGCUUUAUGGUUCAAAGGGGAUUCUGGAAUGGGGUGUUAGGUAUAAGAUUGCAUUAGGGACAGCCAAGGGUUUACUAUAUCUUCAUGAGGGUUGUCAGAGAAGAAUAAUCCACAGAGACAUUAAGGCUGCAAACAUUUUGCUUAAAAAUGACUUUGAGCCUCAGAUUUGUGAUUUUGGGCUUGCAAAAUGGCUACCAGAGCAGUGGACUCACCAUACAGUAUCAAAAUUUGAAGGCACAUUUGGGUAUCUUGCUCCAGAGUACUUGCUGCAUGGCAUAGUAGAUGAAAAAACUGAUGUUUUUGCCUUUGGUGUGCUGCUAUUGGAGCUGGUCACAGGGCGCCGAGCCCUAGAUUACUCGAAGCAAAGCCUUGUUUUGUGGGCAAAACCUUUGCUGAAGAAGAAUGCCAUUAUGGAGCUCACUGAUCCCUCUCUGGCUCAUACCUACAACUCUCGACAGAUGAAUCUUGUGCUCUUGGCUGCUUCUUUAUGCAUACAAGAGUCCUCAAUUCGACGCCCUUGUAUGAGUCAGGUUCUGCAGCUUCUAAAUGGUGACUUCAGCUGCUUAAAAAGCAUGAAACAAUGUCGAACGACAUUCUUCAGAAAAGCUCUUCGCCGCGAGCUCAUCAGUGCAGAAGAGUGCGACCGAUUCAACCAAAAAUUACAUGAUGUUGAUGAUCAUUAGCAUUUUAGCCACAAGAAACGAAGGAUUAUGGUUUCUAACCGGUCUACUUAGAAGGAUGUUAAAGAACAACCUCAAAGAGUGACAUUGGUGGAAGCUUGAAAUGUUCAAUUAACUUGCAUUGUAGAGAAUCCUCUGUACAGUUUUAGUUGGAGCAAGUUUUAUAUUACGAACAAAAGUUUCCCUCGAAAUCGGGUGGGAAGGAAUCCGUCCAUAGAGAAUGAGGGGGUUGCGGGGCCUUAUACCCUAAGCUAUUUGGAGAAGAUGGGCCAUGCU